AUGGUGGCAGUGGCUACUGGUACUAAUAUGUACAAGGGAUCCCAUCUAGUAAAAGGAAAAGUUCCUGCAAAGAUUCUUGAUGCGUCAACACUCAGCUUUGGUACUCGAGUCAGAUGGUUCGCCAUAUGCUUUGUUGCUGGCAUCGUGUGUUCUUUUCUUGGAACAGCAUUGCUAUGGCUCCCAAAUGGGAUCAAACUUUUUGCAGUGUUCUACACCCUGGGAAAUAUUGCUGCAUUGGCCAGUACAUGUUUCCUGAUGGGGCCCCUGAAGCAAUUGAAAGCGAUGUUUGAGCAAAAAAGAUUAAUAGCUACGAUUGUGAUGCUGCUUUGCCUAAUAUUGACUCUGUGUGCUGUAUUCUGGUGGAAAAAAAAAGGUUUGGCGAUGUUAUUCUGCAUAUUGCAGUUCUUGGCAAUGACCUGGUAUAGUCUAUCUUAUAUUCCUUUUGCAAGGGAUGCUGUGAUUAAAUGCUUCUCAUCCUGUCUAGGGUAAAUUAAGACCAGGAACCACUGUCUGCUUUAAAAGCCAACUGUUUUCCUCCUUAAACUGUGGUCAGAAAACUAUACUUUUCCACUCCUGAAAUACCCAGUAACAACUUAAUAUUUUCUUUGCCUUUUGCAUCUGGGAGAUUAAAUAAUUUUUACUAGAAACAGUUUUUAAAAUAAAUUUGAUCAGUUAUUUGUGUUUAUCCUGGAACAUCCAGGCUAUUUUGGUAACAAAGAAGUACAUUUAAAUACUACAUGCAGAGUAGUGUUAAAACUACCUUGCAUCCUGUAACUUUUUAUUCCUUGGCAGAGCGAAGUCACUGAGAUCUGGGUAGUAUGCACAAAGAUUUCAUUUACAGUUCUGCCUAAAAUUGGCAAUGUGCCACUCAUGUUUGUAUAUUAUCAAUUAUAUGCUUUUCCAAAGACAGAGCUUUAUAAACAUUGUAAAGAUUUGGUGGGUUGUAAGUAACUGCUCCUUUGAAAUGUCUAUACAUGUGCCUUAU